GAUGACCUAGUAUGACUCAUAAUUACUGUAGUUCUUGACUUCUUGUUAAUGUAUAAAGGCGCAUGAUGGAAGAAAAUUCAAUAACAAAUAAUAUUUUCGGUUUUCUCUUAGUGGCGAUAUGUUGGGGAUUUACGAAUCCUUUUAUUAAACAGGGAUCUAAAGGGUUAGAGAAUAUUAAAAGGAGUAAUUGGAUUAAUCAAACAUUAGCAGAAAUUUGGUUUCUUAUUACAAGAUGGCAGUAUAUUGUCCCUUUACUUUUAAAUUUAAGUGGAUCUAUAGUUUAUUAUUACACACUUGGUCAAGCAGAUUUAUCACUAGCAGUUCCUAUUACAAAUUCAUUAACAUUCAUAUUUACAACUUUAGCAGCUAACUUAGUUGGUGAAGAAGUUGGAUAUAAAGAAUCUUGGAUUGGUAUGGCAAUUGUUGUAAUUGGUGUUGGUUUAUGUGUUAAUAGUAAAGUUAAUAGCAAUUAAUCUAAAUAUACUGUAAAAUAUAUUUUUUUCUUUUUUAAUAAAUUUCAUAA